GAAUGAUGAUCAAUGCAAGUGUGUAUUUGUGUAUGUUAAAAACGUACAUACAUGUCCUUCAUUCCAUGAUUCAUCAUAAUUUCGCUUACUGAGGAUUUCGUUAAUAAAGUCUAUCUUAAAGGCAUACGGUAUACUUAGAUAUAUGACAAUUUUUUCAUGCUACACUGUGAUUUAUGCUUUUUUUCACGACUAACUUAACUCUGAAGUUAUCAAAAGAGGAAAUAUUCCCAUGGAAUAUUAUUACCAGUCAACUGAUACCCAGGAAAGAGUAGUCUUUUAAAUCGCUUAUCUGUUGUUUCGUUAAAUAUUCACUGACUACACAAUGCGACGAUUUUCUACGUCUGCAGCUACUUCAUCAAGUCAGUGGCAAAUGAAAUUCUUUCCUCCCUCAUUACCGACGCCUCCCUAUCCUGCACCAGAUCUUAUUCCAAUUAAAGCGCAGUUAAGAAGAACAUCUGCACCUGCUACGUCUCACACAUGCUACGACCCGAAAAGUAGUAAUAACAAUAGAAAAGUGAGUCGAAAAAACAAUGAUAGAGUUGGUGAGAAACACAGUGAAAAGGCAAAUGAAAAUUCACUGAGUUUAUUAUCUCCUGAGUUAUUAUCCAAUAGUCCACCACAGUCAGUUACAGCGGAAAGUAUAUCUCACUCCGAAUUCGAUAAUCUUUUCGUAGCCAAUGUAAACUUUUCAACAGAUAACGAUCCAUCCAGUAAAAUUCGAGACGAUACUUGUAAGUCAAGUUCUUCACAUUAUAGUGAAGAAAGUCUCCUGACAGCACUUGUGAAGUGCCAAAGUGUUCUGAGAGAAAGCUAUGAAAAAUCUCUUUCUAAGCAUCAGAUGCAGGGGGAUUCCACAGAAAUUGUACCGAAUGAAAGACUAAUAAAUGUGAAUGACAGAAAAUGCCUAAUUUCUUGUUUGAAUGAUGACAGGUCUAAUCAGGAUCGACCAAAACUUCAUUUCAGAAAUAAUGAGGUCACGGAAGGGAACGAGCUAAGUGAUGGGGCAUCUAAUGAAAAGUCUCACAUGAUAAGAAGGAGAAUAACAAUAGCAGGUGAACGCCCUUCUCUAGUAUAUACACAAAAAUCUACAUCUCCUCGACACCCUCAGACAGACAAAGAAGGUAAUGAUACCGCUUGUCACAGACAUAAUGAGACACAAAAUUUAGGUAGAGUUGCGAUAGCGAAACUCAACUGGGAAAAUUAUUUCAUCCCCAAACCUCCACGAAUAGCAAAAAAUAAAAUAACUAAAGAUGAUCGAAUCACGCGAUCGGUCACUGUGGAAACAAAACAUGAAGUAGGACAAUUUUUCAGAUCCAACAGUGUCGACUGUGCAUAUCGUGUUUAUGAUAGUGAUCCCAACAUAAAUAAUGAAGUGGAAAUAACCAAUGUAGAAAAGCAGUAUAACAACUCCUACAAGGAUCACCUUAAAACUCGACGAUUUAAAUGCAUAUCAACGCCUGUCAGUCCAGUUUAUUCGGCCAGUGAUUCACCUAGGACCGUUUCACCUGCAACCAGAUCACAUAUUUCUCAAAACGAAAUUCGAAAUGAUAAUUCCAUGAAAUCAAAAUAUAUAGGCAAAGGUUACUCACCAUCAUUCAUACGUUUGAUUUAUGACAACGAACUAGAUGAUCAAAAACAGCAAACUGACGAAUCCACCUAUGCUACACAUGAAUCAUGUGAUUUAGACAUGACAAAUGGUAAAACAUCGAGCUCCACACUUACACUUACUGAAAAUACAACAACAACCAAGGAUCAUGAUAUAAAACAGAACAUAAAUACUACAGAUAAACAAACUGUUCUUGAAAAAAAAGAAUUCGUGUCAGUUGAGAAUGAAUUUAAUAAACGUUUGUGUACAAGUGAUAUACAAUACAGUAACUGUAAUGCAAAAAAUAUUUCAGAAGACUGUUAUAGAAUUGCACGUCCUUUGUCCGUGACCCUGAAGCGUCACCGCAUUAGAUUCCCAAAACUUAAAACUAACGGUAGACAAACCAGUUUGUCUUCCUCUGACUCGUCAGAAGAUUUUGACCAUAAAUAUGAGGAAGAAUAUGAUAAUGAUAAAGACACGAUAUUAGAAGAAAGCAACUGUCUGUACAUGUCUACUGAAAAUAAACAGACAGACUUCCCUUUAAACAAACACGCUCAUUGGCAGAGGAUGUAUGUUGAAAAAGACAGAUUAUUCAGAAGAAUGAAUAAAACGAUUCAUGAAAAUGACACACAAAUUGAUCAUUUAACAUCACCAAUAGAUAAACCUUUAACAUAUGUAAGGUCGCAUUCAGCGGAUUAUAAUCCUACACUAAUUCACCCAAGAAUCCGUUCACAAUCAGCUGGUAUUGACAGAUCAGAAUCGUUUCAUAAAGUGGUCAGUCACAUAACAUCUGGUGUGAAAUUAACUACACACCAAGAACUACUUCAUACACGUCUGAAUAGUACGGAAAAUGAUUCUAAAUUUUUAUCUUCCUUCAUUUCACCUAUUUCGAUUAACACUUCAUUGUCUUCAAAUAUAAUUCGGAAUGAUUCAGCUCAAGUGUUUAGAGAUGACAAGCAUUCUGCAACCAAGAAAGACAAUUGCAAAUCAAGGACCCGUCUGAACAAGGAAAUAUUUUUAAAUAAACAAUUAUUGCCCUCUCCAAGUAGUUUCUGUCGUGUACCAAAAAUAUGCACAAAUAACGUCCUAUUGUGUCAAAAUAAACUUGGCAAGAAUUAUGAUGACAACAGUGAUGAGCAUGUGGAUGUUAUUGAUGACCAUAGAGUUAAGAAAGUUAACUGUAAACCAGAAAUAAUGUCACUGUCUCCUGCAGCAAGACGUUAUGAAGAGCAUGUGUUAGCUGCAGUUUCUGGUAAAGGAUGCAAUAAAUUUGGGAAUCAAAUAUUUUUUGGGGACAAUAAAAACUGUUUAACUCGUCAGAAUACUUUGAAGAACGUAAAAAUAUCCCCUGACGGUAUUUACACUAAUAAACCGACAGAUACUGUAAAUUAUCAGAAUUAUGAUGAGGGAAGCGAUUCAGUUGAUCAUCAAAAAGAAGAUGCAAUCAAUGCUGAAAUAUGGCGUGAAAAACUUGGCGCAAUCACCCGUUGGCGACGGGAAGUAGACAGCGCUAUGCUAGCCGGUGAAACAGAUAUAAAAGAGAUUCUUUGUAAUCCAGAAAUACCCUUCAGCGAUAGUUUUGUGGAAAAUCCAUAUUGUUUGAGUAAUAUUCCGUUUAAUAAUGAGGCUAUCAAUUAUUUCCAAACCUCACCAGUUCAGAUCACUUCAUUCCAACCACAUGAUCCAUGCUUCGCAUCAAAAGGUUUACAAACACAGUUUCUGCCCACUUAUGGUGUUCCCUUAAAACCAUUUCAAACAUGUGCUAAACCUGUCAUGGGUGCUGGAGAACAGUGUAGAAAUUAUUUACCAAAAAAUACUUUACCACACACGUAUCAGGUAAGACCUGAAACGACAAGAAAUACGAAUCUCUUUGGAAAUAUCCAUGCAAAUGAUCAGCCGUAUAUUGCGGACACAACAAAGAAUUAUCAACAGCCGAGUCAUGCUAUCCCAUCAAAAGUGGUUAUUAAUCCCAGUGCAGCACCAAAUAAUUAUCUACAUCAGAACAUCAACAGUAGACUGAAUAGUUCGUCUCCAGUCAAUCAUCAACACCAACAGACAUGGCUAAAAGCACCUUCCCUCAAUCUUCCAUCAACAAGACAAAGAGUAAAUUCAGAAAGUGUUGCAGUUUUGCAACCAGUUGGUCCGACACAAAGUCAUACGAAUAUGCUCUAUAGCGCAAAUAAUAAUCCCUGUAAUCUGGAAACGAAAACGCAAAUGCCUAUUCCUUCACACGAAUCAAAUUUAGUAAUUCCAAACAUGAACUCAACUAAUGCGUCAAAUAAAAAUCAAACAAUCAGAUCUUUUAGAAAUUUUUUCACACCAAAAUUAAGACGUAAAACUUAUGAAAUGAAUAAAACAGAACCAGCUGGAUUUAAACAAGAUCUCUUCUCUACAACGAAUAAACUACAGAGCAGUUCAGGUGGACAAUCCUCAACAAAUAAUUCUAGAUCACCAACGGCAAUCAACCUUCCAAAUCAAUAUAAUCAAUUUAAUAAAGUUACACCAUCGUCCUCGUACACGGAUGCUCUCAAUCUAGCUGUUGCUGCCAACGCAGCAUUGUGUGAAGCAUUUCACCAAUCCAUACCUUCAACGGAUUCCUGUCAAAGAACCAACUUAAGUAAUCAAAAUAUAUCUUUGAAACCACGAAAAUUCAAAACGCAUCCAUCCACAAUCCAACCGGAAUGUGUAAUUGCUAGUGAACAGUCUUCGACUGAAUUAAGUUUAACACCAAAUGAGAUAGGGCAAACAGAAAAUAAGAACAAGCCUUGGGAGUGGGCUAAAAUCACUAGACCAUGCAAGAAUAUUUCCCUUUCAACUAUUUCAUCAAGUGUUCAGUCUGGCCAAGAUGAUAAGUCAGAUGCGAAUAAAUCUAAAAAUCUAACAGUUGAACAAAUAUUUAAUGCAAAUUCUAAGCGUGAAAGUCCCAAAUUACUGGUCAAUGAGAAGAAAUCCAAUGAAGUAACAGACACAAAUGUAGAAACCAGACGUGCACCAGGUCGUCUUCGAUCGAAUCUUCGUCAUGCUGUAACACUAAGUCCUUGCCGUCGUAAACCAGAUUUACACUCAGAGCAAUGGAAUAGUCCAUAUUUAGAACCUGGACCAUUAGCCUUAAGUUCAGGUUUUGUAUCAGCCGGUUCAAUUGUGAAUGCAGUUGAAGAUUCAAAUGGUCAGAUGAAUAAAGAAGACUUUGCAGAAUCUUCAUCCAAAGUGAAAUCUAUCCCACCACCGGUUUGCGUUCAGGAUUAUCCCAUAGUAUGCAAUUUGGAAAAGGAUUUAAAUACUAUACCAAGUUUAAUCGAUGAUAUACAAAAGCCACAAGACGAACAUAUUCAACAAAUACAGUCGUACCAGGAUUUGAAAAUGCCCUCAAAAUUGAUGAAUAACUCUCCAACUAAACAACACAAGCAACAACGCUUUAAAAUUAAUAGAACGCCACCACUGCAAACUUUACCUCCAUGCAAGUUGUUACUUGGUCGAGUUGCAUCAAAUGAAGAUAUAUGCAUUGAAACCGAAACACCAUUUGCAUUUAAUAUAGCUGCUACAGAUAAGGAAAUAUGUAUCACACGAGUAGCCUCCGUUGGAGAUCUAGAGUAUCAACAACAACAGAAUCAGCAAGACAUGCUAUCGACAGAUCAAGAACAAGAAAUGAAUCAAAUUAAUAAGUCAGUAAAGAAAAAGAAGAAGGGUAUACCGAUUAGCUUACGCUUAACAUUUGGCUCUGAAUCAAAACUCAACAAGUCUUCUUUAGUAAACAGUGAAGAUCAAGAUCAAGUAAAUGCAUCACAAAUUAAAAAUUACCGUGCAAUGUACUAUGUUGAUAUCCCACAAGGAUGUAGAACAAGUGAACUAAGACGUAGAUCAAAUCGAGUAAAAAAUUCCUCUAAUACACAAAAUGUUACACGCUACAGUUUACCGUGCAUUAGUUAUUGUGAAGAAUCACCGAAACCAAUUUCAUUACUUCCACCAUUGGCUACAGAAAAGAACCGGUGAAUCCAUAUUGUAAUAUAGGAACCAACUGAAAGACAAAUUAACUGUAGGGAACAUAUAUAUAGUAUGAUUUACUGUGCAACAUUUUUCAGAGCAAGUUUAUCUCACCAUAUAUAUAUAUAUAUAUAUAUAUAUAUAUAUAUAUAUAUAUAUAUAUAUAUAUAUAUGCUUCAUUAUUCUUAAUUAGGCAUUGCUCUCAAAAAAGAUUUGUAAGAAUACUUCCAUUAGAUACUUUUUGAAGAUUCAUCUGAAUAACCUCAUUUCAAAUGCUACAGUAAUGCAGAAUUAUCUAUAGAAAAGUAUUUCACUUUACCUGCUGAAUGCAAAUAGCAGAAACAUAACUCCCGGAUUUAUAAAAUAAUUACCAGUCGAAUGUAUUCCUUAUAAAAUGCGGUCGUAACAGUAAACUAUAAUAUUCCAUUGUUAGUAUAAUAGGACAUCUAAGCAAUCUAGUUAUCAGUGAAUUACCCAUAUUUCUUUUGUUUUGACUGACUUUUCUACGCUUACAGUAUUUUAUAAAUACAAAUCUAUUUCUGACGAGUAUAUAUGGCUUUACACAUAACGGAUUCCGUAUGCAGCAAAUAUCAUGUAACCUGAAUUAGAAAAUAAUCUCAAGAUGGAGAUGAAAGGGAAAAUGUUGUCUAAAUCAGGUUGGACAGAAAUAAAUGAACCAACUGAAUUUCAACCCCUGCUGUUCAUCUCUUUCAAUGCCCUUCCAGAUUUAUCUUCUAUGAAAGCUUUAAGUACAAAUAAACAGAAUGAACAAACUGUGAAUCUCCAAGCGCUAACAUGAUGUGCAUUUUCUAUGAAAAUAAAUUUGUACUACUGC